AUGGGCACGGUGCUCUCCCUCUCCCCCGCCGCCUCCUCGGGCAAGGGCGGCGGCGGCGGCGGCGGCGGGGGUUUGCUGGCCGACAAGGUGCCGGGAAGGGUGCCGGGCAAGGGCGAGAGCCGGCUGAAGCGCCCCGGCGUGCUCAUCUCUGCGCUCACUUGGAAGCGUCUGGUGGCCGCCUCGGCCAAGAAGAAGAAGAAUACCAAGAAGGUGACGCCGAAACCCGGCGGCGGGGCCCCGGGAGGGGACCCAGGCCAGCCCGACGCGCUGGUGGUGCAGCGCAACCGCGAGAACUUGCGCAAGUCGGUGGUGGGGCCGGCUGACGGUGGCAAGCAGGGCCCCCUGGCCGUGCCGGUGCCCACCGUGCCUUCGGCACCUCAGGAGCUGCACCCGGGCUCCGGCGGGGGCAAGCCUCCACCGCCACCGCCGCCGGCCGGCAGCCGCGGCCCGGGGUCCCCGCGGCGGGUGGUGGUGCAAGCGUCCACCGGCGAGCUGCUGCGCUGCUUGGGGGACUUCGUGUGCCGCCGCUGCUACCGACUGAAGGAGCUGAGCCCCGGCGAGCUCAUCUCCUGGUUCCGCAGCGUGGACCGCUCGCUGCUGCUGCAGGGCUGGCAGGACCAGGGCUUCAUCACCCCGGCCAACCUGGUGUUCGUCUACCUGCUGUGCCGGGAAGCGCUGCGGGGAGAAGACAUCGGGAGCCAGGCCGAGCUGCAGGCCUCCUUCCUCACCUGCCUCUAUCUCGCCUACUCCUACAUGGGCAACGAGAUCUCCUACCCGCUCAAGCCCUUCCUGGUGGAGGGCGACAAGGGCCGUUUCUGGGAGCGCUGCCUGGGCAUCAUCCAGCGCCUCAGCGCCAAGAUGCUGCGAAUCAACGCGGACCCGCACUACUUCACGCAACUCUUCCAGGACCUCAAGAGCGAAGGCGAGGGCGGAGACGGGUCCAAGCACUGGACGAUCACCCUGGACCGUUAG